UCUGCUUUUUUCUAACGAAACCAUGUCUGAAGUGUUCAGACUAUACAGUGAUUCUAACACAUGCGUGUUUUGGAACGUGGAAGAUUACCCAAUCCCUUACGAUCUUGAACCUCGUUCAGUGGAAGAGAAAAUCAAAUCAGAAGUCAAAGCUAUGAACUUGUGUGGGCAUGUGUCAAUCCAGUUUUACGGUAAGGAGAGUAGGUUCUCGGAUGAUGAUGGAUUGCUUCGUAAAUUUUCCGAUGCAGGAAUCAAAACCGGUACCUUACCCGAAGACGACGAGCAUGCGGGGAUUUACUCCAUGUUAUUGGACAUGUACCUAUGGGGGAUAGAAAAUCCUUCACCAGGAAAUGUGAUUGUACUCUCAAAAAACAUGGAUGAUUCAGAAGUGAGUUUAGCUUUUAUGGGUUUGUAUUAUAAGAGAUACGCUGUUAGUUUAUCCGAUGCUGAACCAGAUUGGAUGGAUAAUCUUGAUGAAAAUUUCGUUGCCAAGGAUUUGACUCUCCUAUUCGAUGAUGGAGGAGGAAGCUCUCAAGCUCCUCCUGAUAACAAGCGGAAAUCUGAUUUCGUCGACCGUGAAGGGAGUUUUCAAAGGAGGGCAUUGGCAUGAUUGUAGUUGUGUUAAUUUGUUCCAAAAUGUAGUCUGAAGACAAAUUAAGGCCUUGGAUUUUAUGUGUUGAUGAAACUUUGAUUAUCAUCUAAUAAUA